CGACGUGUUCGACGAACGUGUUCGACUCGACAGGGCACUCGACGAACGUGUUCGACUCGACAAACGCAGUCGACGAUCGUGUUCGACUUGACGGUCGUGUUCUACUCGAUGGUCGUGUUCUACUCGACGAACAUGAUCGACUCGACGAUCGUGUCCGACUCGACGAUCGUGUCCGACUCGACGAUCGUGUUCGACUCGACGAUCGUGUUCGACUCGACGAUCGUGUUUGACUCGACGAUCGUGUCCGACUCGACGAUCGUCUUCGACCCGACGAACGUGUUCGACUCGACGAUCGUGUUCGAAUCGCGUGUUCGACUCGACGAACGCAAUCGACGAUCUGUCGUGUUCGACUCGACUAUCGUGUUCAAAUCGACGAUCGGGCAGUGUCAUGUUCGACUCGACGAUCGGGCAGUGUCGUGUUCGGCUCGACUAUCCUGUUCGACUCGACGAUCGGGUAGUAUCAUAUUCGACUUGACGGUCGUGUUCGGGUCGACUAUCGUGUUCGACUCGACGAUCGGGCAGUGUCGUGUUCGAGUCGACGAGCGUGUUCGACUCAACUGUCGUGUUCGACUCGACAAUCAGACAUCGGGCACGACCGUGUACAUGUCGGGCACUGUCGUGUUCGACUCGACGAUCGGGCACGAUCGUGUUCGACACGACGAUUGGAGACGAUCGUAUUGGACUCGACGAUCGGGCGCGAUCGUGUUCGACUCGACGAUGGGGCACCAUCGUGUUCGACUCGACGAUCGGAAGUGCCACCUGCAGAGCAGAAAUGCGAUUCGCGCACAUGAGCUCCCGCGACAUUGUGUCACCGUUCGUGUUCUGGGAGAAUCAGCGCAGCCGUCCGCCAACGUCGACACGACAACUGCCCCGCUCUCCAGACACGUCUCGUGCAUGGCUUGUGGUGUGCAUGCUAUGCCACGGCAGGCUUGCAGCACAACCUUGGAAAGCAUGGACUAUGUGGCGUCUAAUACAAUGCUCAAUGAGGAUUUUUCUCCACCGCACCUGCCAAUGUGUUCACAAGAUGUUCGAAGUGGUCACGAUCAUGUCGAUAAUGCUCCGGAAUCUCCUGCUCGUAAGAGGUCACGAAAUAUUGCAUGUGCGGACACUACAUGUGAAAGUGCGUAUCCCAUCCUUCGAUGCCCGGUUCGAACCUGUGAUGCAGAGAGUGCUCAAGGUCAGGAGGGUAAGACCUCCUCUACUGACAACGACGCAUCCAAUUUAGAUCGUGUUGUAUGGCUGCCGAGGAGUUCACUUCGAGAUUUCGAGUACACAGGUCUUCUGUUUGGUGAGGGUGAUGAAGGUGGUUCAGAUUCAAGUGCUUCGGUAUCGUCUAGUACUGAUAGUUCUCCAGAUAAAACCGAUCUUCCGCAAACGUGGAGAGAGUGGAGCGCAACCCCAGAGCGCAACUCGGCCUUUUUUAGGGGUGGGCUCAAGCAGGGCGCCCAAAGGCGGUACAAAAGGGUAGACCAAAAGUGCCGCCCCGUUCCCGUACUCGUUACUAAAGAACAGGAGGUAUACUACAAGCGGGAGCGAGAGUUGAUACGGCAAAUGCGAGAAAGGACGGAAAGUGGACCAUGCCGUAUCAAUGCCGAGACAGAGAAGGUGCUGAUCAUAGGGGAGCCUGACUUUCUUACGGCGCAAGAGGAGAAAUUUGUGGUGGACACCAUAAGAGGAAGGCAUGCUGCAUAUGCCUUCAGUGAUGAUGAGAGAGGCCGACUGGACGUGGAUAUUAUCCCAAUGAUUAGGAUACAUACCGUACCCCACGAACCGUGGAACUUGCGAGGUGCGCGGUAUCCUAAUCCCGCUGACGAAGAGAAGGUGGUUAACUACCUUGAUGGGAAGAUCCGCACUCAUGUGGCAGAUUACUCGAGCGGACCGUAUGCAUCCCCAUGGUUUUGUUUUGUCAAACCCAAUGGGACGCUGAGGUGGGUACAGGAUUUACAGCGCCUGAAUGCUGUGACGGUGAGGGACGCAGGGGGUCUCCCCAACGUUGAUGCGCUUUCGGAGGCAUGCGCUGGGAGGACCAUCAUAUCACUCAUUAACUUGUAUUCAGGCUACGAUCAGUUCCCUGUAUACCCGUCUGACCGGCCUAUGACAGCCAUGCAUACCCCUCGAGGGCUGAUCCACAUGAACGUCGCACCGCAAGGGUGGACGAAUGCGGUCGCUAUGGUCCAGCGGCACAUGGUGAGGGCGAUGCAACCCAUAAGUCCUCACAUCACGCAGCCCUUCAUUGAUGAUCUGGCCGUAAAAGGGCCCAAAGAGAAGGACGAGCAGGAGGUGGUGCCAGGGAUCAGGCGCUUUGUGUGGGAUCAUGUGCAAGACUUAUGCAAGGUCCUGGACCUCUUGAAGGAGCAUAACCUCACUGCCAGUGGGCCAAAAUCGAGGCACUGCAUGAGUGGUGCCACUAUCUUAGGAUUUGUAUGCGACGAGAGAGGUCGUCGGCCAGAUACUAAGAAGACUAACAAGAUUCUCGACUGGCCAACACCGUUCCAGACUAUCACGGAGGUGAGAAGUUUUCUGGGCACGUGUGAGUUUUGGAGGAUCUUUAUUAAGGGAUUUGCGGCAAAAACUGAACAGUUGAGGAAACUUGUGCGUCAAGGACAAGAUUGGGAGUGGGGAGACCAACAAAAAUCGGUGAUAGAAGCCCUGAAGAAAGAGUUCGAGGAAGGAGGUCUAGUACUGGGGGUACCGGACCAUGCGGCGGUGAUGACCAGGCCGUUUAUUGUGGAGACGGAUGCAGGGCCGACUGCGUUAGGAGGAGUGUUGAUCCAGCGAGACCCCAACGGAGAAGAGCAGCCAUUAAGAUUCGAGAGUCGGACGCUUAAUACGUCUGAGAGGAACUACUCUCAGUUCAAGCGCGAAACCUUGGCAGUUCUUCACUGUUUGAGGAUCUUCAUAAACUACCUCUUCGGCAGCAGGGCACGACAGAUCGGCGCUAUUGAGGACAGGAUUGAGGAGGCAGCAAGUAGAACCGCGGACAGCCGUACCAAGGACAAGUUCCGGUGGGACAAGCGAUGGCAAGUGAGAGGAGAGGUGUGGAAAAAAAGGAGAAGGGAACCUAAGACAGAGGUAAGGGGAACCUUUGAGCAGGGCGCGUCACCAGGGGCUCAGAGGGAGGAAAGGAAGAAGGAACACAAGUCCCACCGAUAUGAGAGAGCAGAGGGGUCCGAUGGUUCAGACGCACCUCCACAACCUGCUCAGAGGGAGAUGGAUGGCCCCAUGCCUGACGCAGAGCCAAACAUCCCUCACGAGCCGCAUACGCAAGAGUUGAGGGAGGAACCAUCUGUUGAUGAAAAGGAGCUGGACAGAGAAGAGAGGGCGGCAAGGGAGCUGGAGAUCAAGACUCAACUCCGAAAGAAGAACGUGACAGAACUGCAUGAGAGGAUGCAGCAAGGAAAGACGCCUGAGGAGGUAGAGGACAAAAAAGGAAAGGGUACCUGCACUCAGGAGGAGGACCCUCCUCUGUUCUCAGAGGUCUGGAUGGGCUUCGAUAAGCUGAUGGAUGCCACAGGAAGAUCAAGUGGACAACAUCAGGAGAUGGGGGUUAAGUUGGUCUCUACAGACCUGCUCAACCUAAGGAGCGUGAUGAGAGAAGGCUUCGCUGCAGCAAGGACCUCAGAUCAGAAGAUUGGGGACAGGCUGACAAAGGUGGCACAAAAGGCUUAUGGCCAGAGGGUGGACUGGGAGAGAGAGGCUGAGGAGGUCCAAAAGUUCGAAAUCAGGGGACAACAUGCAGAGGAGGUCUUCAAGAAGGAAAAGGAAGUAGAGAUGGCGGACCAGCAGGAGGGUGAGGAGAUCCCUCUGAUCGACAAAGAGAUGUUGGAGCAGCUAGGAGUGCUUGUGGAAAAGGGUGCCGUGGUCAGAGAGUUUGAGUGGAGGUUACCUACUGGUCUGACAUUGGGACACGAGCCGGCAGUACCACAGGAGGGACCAUCAGUUGAGGCAAUGAGAGUUGGGGAGGUUCCACCUACUAUUCGGAAAGAGGCUGCGGGACAGCAGGAGGGUCAGGAAAGUGUGGGCCAGACCAUGGUUGGGACUGAGCAGAGAGUGGACCUGAGGGACUGUAAGGAGUCAACCAUGCUUCAGGAGGUGCCAGUUGCUACAAAUUUGCGAGGUGUACUGGGAUCUUGGGCCACUGGGUCAGGGCCAGAGGGGCGUGUUGGGGAGCUGGGGAUGCCAGCAGAUGACAGAGCAGCCUGCCCCGCUUCCUCAGGGGUCCCACAGCAGGAGGUUACGAGCAAGAUCUCAACAACCUCGUCAUCUGUACCCUCGCUGGAAGGAGACAAUAUGUCCCAGAAGAAACUUGGCAAGUGCUUUUAUUGCAAGAGGGGCAAACAUCGGUCUGAGGACUGCCCCAAGAGCCUCAAGGACGAGUCAAAUGAAUUGUGUACGAGGGAGUCAUCUGGGCAAAAAGAGGUGAAGAUCCCGGACGCUGAUGAAAUCGAGCGUGGCCCAGCCGCUACACCAGAGGAUUUCGUCAAGGCACUCGAGAAAAGAGAGUUGGCACGACUUCAAGUGCCGAAAGUUAACAUCUUCCAUAUUAAUGGGGACAAAGUAUCCGAGUGGCUGGAGCUGCUGGAGCAGGUUACGGCCGAGGUGCCUGAGGCAGAUAAAUUCAAGUUCCUACCCAGGUGGAGAGAGUGGAGCGCAACCCCAGAGCGCAACUCGGCCUUUUUUAGGGGUGGGCUCAAGCAGGGCGCCCAAAGGCGGUACAAAAGGGUAGACCAAAAGUGCCGCCCCGUUCCCGUACUCGUUACUAAAGAACAGGAGGUAUACUACAAGCGGGAGCGAGAGUUGAUACGGCAAAUGCGAGAAAGGACGGAAAGUGGACCAUGCCGUAUCAAUGCCGAGACAGAGAAGGUGCUGAUCAUAGGGGAGCCUGACUUUCUUACGGCGCAAGAGGAGAAAUUUGUGGUGGACACCAUAAGAGGAAGGCAUGCUGCAUAUGCCUUCAGUGAUGAUGAGAGAGGCCGACUGGACGUGGAUAUUAUCCCAAUGAUUAGGAUACAUACCGUACCCCACGAACCGUGGAACUUGCGAGGUGCGCGGUAUCCUAAUCCCGCUGACGAAGAGAAGGUGGUUAACUACCUUGAUGGGAAGAUCCGCACUCAUGUGGCAGAUUACUCGAGCGGACCGUAUGCAUCCCCAUGGUUUUGUUUUGUCAAACCCAAUGGGACGCUGAGGUGGGUACAGGAUUUACAGCGCCUGAAUGCUGUGACGGUGAGGGACGCAGGGGGUCUCCCCAACGUUGAUGCGCUUUCGGAGGCAUGCGCUGGGAGGACCAUCAUAUCACUCAUUAACUUGUAUUCAGGCUACGAUCAGUUCCCUGUAUACCCGUCUGACCGGCCUAUGACAGCCAUGCAUACCCCUCGAGGGCUGAUCCACAUGAACGUCGCACCGCAAGGGUGGACGAAUGCGGUCGCUAUGGUCCAGCGGCACAUGGUGAGGGCGAUGCAACCCAUAAGUCCUCACAUCACGCAGCCCUUCAUUGAUGAUCUGGCCGUAAAAGGGCCCAAAGAGAAGGACGAGCAGGAGGUGGUGCCAGGGAUCAGGCGCUUUGUGUGGGAUCAUGUGCAAGACUUAUGCAAGGUCCUGGACCUCUUGAAGGAGCAUAACCUCACUGCCAGUGGGCCAAAAUCGAGGCACUGCAUGAGUGGUGCCACUAUCUUAGGAUUUGUAUGCGACGAGAGAGGUCGUCGGCCAGAUACUAAGAAGACUAACAAGAUUCUCGACUGGCCAACACCGUUCCAGACUAUCACGGAGGUGAGAAGUUUUCUGGGCACGUGUGAGUUUUGGAGGAUCUUUAUUAAGGGAUUUGCGGCAAAAACUGAACAGUUGAGGAAACUUGUGCGUCAAGGACAAGAUUGGGAGUGGGGAGACCAACAAAAAUCGGUGAUAGAAGCCCUGAAGAAAGAGUUCGAGGAAGGAGGUCUAGUACUGGGGGUACCGGACCAUGCGGCGGUGAUGACCAGGCCGUUUAUUGUGGAGACGGAUGCAGGGCCGACUGCGUUAGGAGGAGUGUUGAUCCAGCGAGACCCCAACGGAGAAGAGCAGCCAUUAAGAUUCGAGAGUCGGACGCUUAAUACGUCUGAGAGGAACUACUCUCAGUUCAAGCGCGAAACCUUGGCAGUUCUUCACUGUUUGAGGAUCUUCAUAAACUACCUCUUCGGCAGCAGGAAAGUUGUUGACGUCAUCUUUCGGCAUCGUAGUGUAGGCUAGAUAGGAUCUGCCACAUGUAGUCUGGGCGCCGAGCGCCAGAUAGGAUAUC